GUCUCGCGAGCGCAGUCACGAGGAGAGAUUCGGUGAGUGAGUGUCGCGCGCCUCUUUCCGAUGAGAUAGUGCACACGCAUACACACACUCACAUACACUCUCACACAGCGCGGCUCCGAAACAGACGAACUGUUCAACACCGCGCGCUCUGCUUUUAUUUCGGAAGGAUUUUUGAGAGCACAGCGCGAGACUGCGGGGGGACCGAGGGAUUUCAUCUACAAGUUUUUCUUUUCUGUUGUUUUUUUAUUUGUUUUUUUAUAAAGAAGGAUUGUGGUUUUCGGGGGUUUGUGGCCGCAAAGAUGAUGGUCGGGGAGAUCGAAGUGAAGGAGAGACCGAGGCCGAGUCCUGACUAUCUCAUGCAGUUACUGAACGAAAAGAAGCUGAUGACCAGCCUGCCGAACCUGUGCGGUAUCUUCACACACCUGGAGAGACUGCUGGAUGAAGAGAUAAACAGAGUGAGGAAGGACAUGUACAACGACACUGUGAGCGGUUUGGUAGAUAAACACCCGCUGGAGCUUCCCGAGGCUCACGGCCCCAUCGUCCAUCUGCAGGAGAAACUCUUCGUCCCGGUCAAAGAAUACCCUGAUUAUAAUUUCGUAGGCCGGAUUCUGGGGCCACGAGGUCUCACAGCGAAGCAGCUGGAGGCGGAAACCGGCUGCAAGAUCAUGGUCAGAGGAAAGAGCUCCAUGAGGGACAAAAAGAAGGAGGAGCAGAACCGAGGGAAGCCGAACUGGGAGCACCUGAACGAGGACCUGCACGUUCUCAUCACGGUGGAGGACACGCAGGCGCGGGCCGAGAUCAAGAUGAGGAGAGCCGUGGAGGAGGUGAAGAAGCUCCUGGUCCCGGCGGCGGAAGGAGAGGACAACCUGAAGAAGAUGCAGCUGAUGGAGUUGGCCAUCCUUAACGGAACCUACAGAGACACCAAUAUUAAAGCCCCGAACCUUGCGUUCUCUCUUGCAGCGGCGGCCGCAGCGGCUCAAGGCCCUCGGCUGAUCGCCGCCCCCACCAGUCAGGUACUUCCACCCGGCGCCCUGCGCCCCCCGACCCCGGCCGGAACUCCCAUCAUGAACCUCAUCCGUCCAGCGCAGAUGCCCGCCAUGCUGCCCAACGCCACCCCGACGCUGGUGCCCCCGGCGCCCGACGCAGGCAUCAUCUACGCCACGCCCUACGACUACCCGUACGCCCUGGCGCCCACCUCUCUCCUGGAGUACCCCAUCGAGCACGGAGGCGUCCUAGGUAAGCGCGCGUGGGGGCUCUGUGCUUCAGGCUUCGGCGGGCAUCAGGAUGGCGCCGCCGCAAUGUUUUACGGGGGCAGCUUGGACAUGAUGAUGCCAAGCCCUGCCCAGGACUUAGUCCAAGGUGCAAUGGCUACUAAAGUGCGGAGACAUGACUCACGGGUCCAUCCUUACCAAAGGAUAGUGACCGCAGACAGAGGUACUCCGGUUUCCUCCCCCAGUCCAAAGACAUGCAUGGCUGAUUGGUGUGUCCCAAGUGUCCAUAGCGUGUGAAUGGAAUUGUGCCUUACGAUGGAUUGGCACUCCUUCCAGGGUGUACCCCGCCUUGUGCCUGAUGCUCGCUGGGAUAGGCUCCAGGUUCCGCAUGACCCUGAAGGAUAAGAAGGAUAUAGAAGAUGGAUGGAUCAUAUUACACUGUAUCAGAAUGUGCAAAUGAUUAAAAUGCACUAGCGUGGAGGACCUGGUGGCAGACGAGGCUCAGAACUGAGAAGCACGCAGCAAGGAAGCUUAUGUCUAUCAGCCAAACUUCCUUGGAUGGAGGAUGCCAUGUCUAUAGCAGCAACGUUUUGUUUCCUCUCCAUUCUGAUAUUGACUCGGGAGUUGAAUUCCCAAAUCUGUCCUCAUUAGCGUCCAGAAACAAGUCUGGAUUCGCCUGCGUUAGCUGGCAUGUGCUGAGGACCGGCUCUAAACUAGCUGUGACAGCAAGCCUCAAAAGUGUCCUGAGUAGAACAUGCAACCCCUGACACUGAAUGUGCCUUGAGCUUUUCAACACUUGAGCGUUGGAAGAAGUGUACGAAUUCAGCUGCAGCUCCGAGUCUGGAUGUUCUGUAAGCUGUUGAUUUCAUGAGAAACUCAACAUUACUGCAACCUCCUUUCUCUUGAAAACCCACUCUGAAAUUUACCAUAUGCAGAUUUCAUCCAGGAACUCGGUGAUUAGUGCAAAACUUUUUUGCUGCAUCUGUUUACACACACACACACACACACACACACACACACACACACACACACACACACACACACACUGCAGCAUGGUAUAUGUUUGUUUGUGUGCAUUAGCAUGAGUUAUUGCCUCCAUAUGCCCAUGUGUGUCACAUGUGUUAGGUCUGCAUGUGUGUGUUUAAUGGUCUGGCGAGGAAGUGUGUGACUUACAGCUGGGUGGGAUUAUCCCCAUGUAAAGAUGUUCCACGGUAGCCUGCAUGUGUUUCAGUUUUGCGAUGCACACAUAUUCAUUCCACUGUACCAAAUCAAACACACACACACACACACACACACACACACACACACACACACACACACACACACACACACACACACACACACACACACACUUUACAAACCCUCACACCAUCUCUUUCUCUCUGGAAAGUAUUAAAGUUCCAAUCUGUGAAGUCAGUUAAAGAUAGAAAUCAACACAGUAAUUGGAGCUCGUGAGAAAUAUGAGGGUGAGUGCGACAUAAACUAGAGGAACAGCACAUUAAAUAUGUAGUUGCAAAAGCUAAAAUGUUCUAUUGGUCCAUUGUUCUCAAUCGCCCCUUCUACUGCUACCUUAAACCUCGACACAUCCGUGACACCUAUUUUGAAUUAACAAUGCAGAAAACAACGACAAAACAAUUAGAUUUGCGUUUGACAAUUUAUUAAAACACCUAUUUUUAUUUUGUCCUCUUAAACUCAACAUGAUCGGCGUUCAGGCUGUGUAAUAGACAUUGUCUAAAGGAAUUAGACGCCUGAUCCUAAUUUAGCAUUCCAUAAUGUAUAAGUUCUUUCCAUAGACUAAUCCUUCUUCUCCAGUCUUUCAAAUACACGUAUCACUGCACAUAGGAAAUUGCAAGUGUGAACAUUUUAUGCAAGAUCGGGCAAGAAUACUAAUACCCAACUUCUUCAGAGUUACGCCAGACUCUUGGUUGCUUCUCUGACUAAUAUCCUACUUACCUGGUCACUGUUUUUGAUGGACAGCCUCCUCCAGGCAGAUUCUUUCUGAAUUUUAAUAAUGCAUUUAAUGGUGUUCUGUAGAAUGUUCAAAGUUUGUGAUAUUUGAAAGUAUCAACCAGACCGGUACUUUUCCAGAACCUUGUCCCGGAUUUGUUUUGAUCUCUUCAAACUCUGGGGAAUUCCAGGAACAGGUAUAUUUCUAUUGAGAUCACAUGACACUUUAAUUGCACACAGAUUGACUCCAUUCAACAAAUUUUUUGUCUUAAGAUGGAAACCAGAACUAAGCAGAGGUUUCACAGCAAUAUAUAUAGCAUACAUGCAAACUUCUGAACUUUAGCAUUAAUUAUUGACUUGGUACGUAUGUCCAUGUGGGUGCCAUGUGUGUAAUGUCUCUAUGUUUGCAAUUGCCUUCUGUGCAUGUGGAUUAAAACUUAUACCAGAACUAACUCAGAACAAACGAAGAAACCACAAAUAGAAGAAAAAGAAAAAAAAAAAAAAAAAAAAAAAAGGAGCAAAAAAACCCCCUAUUUGCUGACUAUACAAAGAAAGGAAACCAAAGCACCUUGGGUAAUUUCUUUCUCUACACAGAGAACAUAAAUGCACGGCACAACGCUUUCUGCCCACACUACAGCUACAUCACCAAAGAAAGACCGCAAAGGCCAUGAAAUUGUAGUAUUUCUGAAACACUCAACAUCUAGCAAAUAGACACUGUUGUGGUUCAGGGAAGUGAACUUCCUCUAUAAACUGUUAUCAAAUAUUUCACCCAACUUAGAAAAGUGCUAUCAUCAGCAGAUCUCUCUCAAGCACACAUUACACGGAGAAAGAAGAAAAAAAAGAAAAAAAAAACAGCAAUCCAGCAGACAACCUACUAUAUACUGUACCAGACAUCUGAUUUCAAUAUCACAAAUUAUAGACAAAAAACCUUGAGUCUGCUCACACCGCUUUCACAUGAGGAGCUCAAGAUCACAUGCUAUCUCACUUCUCCACCAGUAAAGAGACUGAACUUCUGAAGAAACAGUUAAAUGAUUAUGGAAAGCCAGUUUUCAUGUAAUGGUUAAGAAAUUGUACAUUGGGUGCAGAGUGCAAAACAAAUGUGUUUUCAGCCUGGACUUAAACACUGAGACUGUGUCUGAGUCCCCAACACUAACUGGAAGACUGUUCCAUAACUGUGGGGCUUUGUAAGAGAAAGCCCUUCCCCCUGCUGUAACCUUCACUAUUCCAGGUACCAACAAAUAGCCUGCAUCUUAUGAUCGAAGUAGGUGUGGCGGAUCAUAAAAGACCAGAACUUCGCUCAAAAACUGCAGCGCGAGACCAUUCAGUGCUUUAUAGGUCAAAAGUAGUAUUUUAUAAUCAAUGCAUGACCUGAAUAAAUGCAAAACAUGGCCUCGGAGAUCAGCUCUGCACUGGCACUAUGUGAAAACCCACCAGUCACCAGUCAUAAGCUUCACUCUGAAGCUUAUCUACCAAAAGCAGAUUCAGGGACUGAAGAAAUUCCCCCAUACACUAGUAUCAGCCCACGAUCAGCGAUUCCCAACUUCACAGAACAAUAAUCACACCGAGGCUCUCCUGCUACUUGCAUCCCAUAGAAAACAUCUACAAGAGAAAAGUCUCCGGCAAUGUAUGUGAAUGAUAAACCUGUGGUGUCUAAAGACCAUUUGCACCUCAACAGCCAGAAUUUCAGCCAUCUUUCAAACAAAAACGGGAAACAUGCAUGCUCCCCAGCUGGUGGACAAUAAAAUGUGAUUAUACAAACUAACGGAAGCAUGUCUCAGGCAGUUAAAAAUGGAACUGUAGUGAUGGCUUUGUUGACCAUUUAUGAACAUCAUCAUAGCACAAUUGCUGUGCAAACAAUGUUAUUUGACACAUGAAUCAAUCAACACAAUAGCUUAUUAUUGUACUGUCUGAAAUAAUAUGACACAUAACAGUUACUUUCAACAAGAUUCACUGUCCAACACAAUAGAAAGCAUUUUCACAAUUUACAAAGUUAUUUGUUGGAAUAUAGAAGGCUUAUACUCUAGUACGUUCAGGGUGUGGGGAGGGGGGGCAUUAGAUCAAGAGUUUGUUGAGAACAUAAAAGAUAUUGACAAUGUUAUGCUCCAAGAAACAUAGAGUUCUCGAGCAGAUGCAUCCUGUCCCAGAGGAAAUAGGGAUUUUAAUGUUCCCUCAUUAAAACAAAAAAAAAACCCCACAAAAACAAAUGUGGCCUUGAUACAGAUGGAAUAAUCAUCUGCUACAAAGGAAACUACAAACAUUUAAUUGAGAUAGUUAAAAAAUAGUUUUUAAAAAAAGGAAAGACAACAAUUUGGCUGGAAAUUAAAGCAUUCAUUAUACAAAAAGUCACUCUCCUUGGUGGAAUAUAUACAUAUAUACUGUACAAUCAGAAAUCACAUAUUUAAAAGCACAAGGUUGCGCUUUAAUAUACGGAGACCCUGGCACAAAUAUGACUGGUACUGACUUUACUGAGAAUCUUCGUUGAUCAAGACACAAAAUCUAACUUAACUUCAAACACUGAACAAAGAAACAGUGACACACAGUGAAAGCCGGGCUUUACUAGAACAAAUGGAGAAUCUCCUGAAUGGUUUACCUUUAACACUAGAUGAGGCUGUAGUGUGGUGGAAUAUUGUAUAGAGAUUAAACUCUACUGUCUGGUCACUGCCAAAUGGUUCUAUGCCUAAAACUUCUAACCUAAAAGUUCUCCAGAGCCAGAGAUAUGGAAUGGCCUGAAUGGAAUGAAUCAAAAAUUGCUCAACAAUUUUUUUCUGAUAAAUAAUUACAUAGCAAACCCUGAGGAAAUAAUUAUGGCAACAAACAACAUUAAUAACAUUUUCAAAAGACCGAUUAAAAUGUCCAACAUCAUAUAAGAAACUCUCAGAAACAAAAACAGUCAGACCAAGAAAAAUAAAAAAGAGAAGAAUGGUGAUGGUGAUUGUAAAACCUCAAGGGGGGAAAAAAACAGAGACCCAAACAAUCAGGAUCUACGAAUAAAUUAUUCAGAGAUUUAAAAGACUAUAAAUCCUAGUUGGAAAAAAGGCUGAAUGUUUUAUAAACUUGAUCAAAUGGAAGAUGCGGUUGAUUAGAACUUUUUUUUUUUGAGAGAUCUACAAAAGAUUUCAUCACUUUGAUGCAGAACUGCCAAACCAGAAUGAACAAUAUGAACAUCUUACUUUGAAAAACACACCACCCGGACUGGGGAAAAACUCGAUACGGUGAUAAAAACAAAACACGAGCUGACUUACCAAUCAAAAUACUUAAAUUAAACGAAAUGUGGUCCAGAUAAGUAACUAAAUGCUUGAACUCUGUAACCCCAAAACAACUGAAGCGCUGAUGAAUGUUUUAAAUCUAAUAUUACAGUACAGUCAGGACAUUUUCCUGAUAUCUGGUACCAAGGACUAUAAAAAAUGCACACAAAUUUGACCCUAAUAAUUAUCAAGGCAUAUUUACAAUGCAUGUGCAGUAAUUUUGGGAUAAAAUCACAACAUUUUGAGCAAAUCGGCUUUUUACCUAUUUUGAUCAUUGCACUUCAGAUUAAUUAUAUUCCUGACAUUCUAUAAUAUCACACUAAAUCAAUGAAAAAAUAUUCACAUGCUCCACAUGUACAGCAAUGUAAGAGCGAUCUCUACUGUUCACUUCCUGGUUACUUCCUGGUUUUGGAGUAUUUAAGCAAUUCAUAUAUAUACGGUCAUUCACUGCGAAGUCUUGCCACUCCCUUUGUCUCAGUUCGUUCCGGAUCUUGUUACUGCUGACUACCUUAACAUGUUUUGAGCCCUUGUGAUGUUUCUGGGAUUUGUCACUGUAGUGAUUUGUCACUUGCUGCACCUGACCCAUUGCUUGCAUUUGAAUUGUGAUUUCACUUUGCUGUGAUCUGUAUUACACUACUUAAAUCCUCACUCUGAUUCUAGCCCCAAUAUUACAUGUAGAUUUUCACAACGCAGUUGUUUACUAUUUAAACAUCCUCUAAUUAGAAAAGGUGGGAAAACAUUUGAAAAGAUAAAAUGAUUAUAGUCGAAUAGCAAUACUGCACGCUGAAAUGAAACACUAGUUGUACGCUGAUGACCUGGUCCUAAUAUCCCUCUCAGAGCCGAGCUCAUAGCAAAGCCUGUCCCUCCUGGAGCCGUAUCACCUGACAGUCUACACAAGUCAUGAUUUUCCAGAAGUCCAGAUCUCAGGAGAGCAGAUAUCAGUUUACUUACAGAAGACUUUAAACUUUUAAAGCAUAAUGUCAGUUAAAUGUACCUCAGUAUUGAACUCGGAUCAUUUUCUCAUCAGAAAUUUUUGUCCUGGCUGUAACAUUUUCUCACGGAGACAACCACAAGAGCUUUAUACGGCAUCAGAGCAAGAUCUGACUAAAUUAAUAUUCCAGUCAAAACCUGUAUGAAGCUGUUUAAUUCAGUAAUAAAUCCAAUUCUGGCAUACUUGAGGACCAACUUGGACCAAAAAUCACAGAAAGACACCUCUAAUGUCACCCAUGAGGCAGAGCCUGGACUUUGUCCUCUACAAAUACAAAAAAGAGCAAUAAAAUAUUGGCACUCGUUUAAAUCAGGCCGACCCACAUUCAAUAAAAUAUAAAGCUUUUCUGGCCAACCAGGUCUCUACAGAGUCUCAGCCACUGCGUCUACUCGCACUACCACACAGACCUGCAAUCCAAACUGCCAGAAUAUUUAACCAUUUAACAUUAAAGCAUGAAAAACUCAAUAUAAAAUAAAUAACCGUAACCUAGGAAGUGGUGAGAGGAUGACACCACUGAAGCUGGAGACCGAUAUAGGCACUGUCAGUGAUUAUCAGAUAGAAGAUGAUAAACACUUUCUCCUCUACUGCCUGAAAUAUAAUUCAAUCAGAGGUAUAUUCUUUACAAACGUUUCUCCUGUUCUUUGUGACUCAGAAAAAUUAUACAUUAUAUUGAUGAAAUGAAAUGAGAGAGACACACAAAGAAAGAGAGAGAGAGAGAGAGAGAGAGAGAGAGAGAGAGAGAGAGAGAGAGAC